AUGCGAUUGUACAUACUUGUAUCUUACGACAAAAAGAUUCUAUUGAAAGUCGUCAAAAAAAAAAUCAACGAAAAACAAAAAAAAUUAGAUGAAGAUUUAAAAAACAAAACAAUUGAUGAAACAACAGCUGAACAAAAAACUGAAGAAAUUGCAGGAUUAGUUAUUAUACAAUCAGGUCAAGAAGCGUUUCUUACACUCCUUCAAUCUGAAAAAGAUUCGAAAAUAAAACGAUUGGAUAAAAAUAAAGAAAAUGCGAUCCAUGAUUAUGAUGAACCAGCUGGUAAUUUAGCAAAUACUACACAUCAUCAUCAAUAUGAUGCUCAUGAAAAAUGA